UGUGUCAGAACAGUAGUUGAUUUCUUCUAAGCGACCAAAACAUCACUUGGACUGGAUGGGUAAACAUCUAAUAAUUACUUCAGCAGUCUUAGCACUAUAUUGUAGCGUUCCGUGUAACUCGUGUAUUUUAGGAUAUACUUUUUUAUACCUGUAAAACGUGUUCAACAUGGUGUAAAGCAAUAUGAACUGACAGAUGGUAAAAGCUCGCACAACAAUGCGAAGAGUUUCUUGGUCGGAUGUGGUUUUCCCUUUGUAUAUUUUGGAAUAAUAUAAUUUUAUAUGAUAUAAAGAAGGAGGAACUAAACUUACAUUUGUGAAUAAAAGAUUGGUUUCGGAAUAUGUCACUGGGCCGGGCUACGUAGUCUUAGUGAAAUAAGUUGGAACGGUCGUACAAUUUAACAAAAUGUCUUCAGCUACUGUAUCUCCAGUCAACGGGACUGUUUUGUUUGGACAAAUCAAUACGACAGGAGAUGGUGUGAAUAGUACGAAUACUGUAGAUGUUUUCGAGGAACCACAAGAAAACUUGGAAGCCAUUCUGGUGCCUAUUCUCUUUGCUAUAAUAUUCCUGAUUGGUGUCGUUGGAAACGUCACUUUGAUCUUUACGGUGUUGAAAAACAAGUCUUUGCGGAAUACUCCUAACAUCUUUGUUGUCAGUUUAUCCGUUGGUGAUUUACUGUUAUUAUUGUGCUCCGUGCCGUUUUCGUCUACGCUUUUCACGUGCUUUUCUUGGCCUUUUGGCGCAUUUCUGUGUAAAUUUAACGAAUACAUGCAAACACUUUCUCUUGGUGUCUCGGUAUUUACACUAACCGCCCUUAGUGGUGACAGGUAUAUUGCCAUUGUUCACCCCAUGAGCAAACACACGGGAAAACCCACGCUUAUAACAGUGGUAACUGUGGUUGGAAUUUGGAUCUUUUCCGCAUCACUUGCCAUACCUGAGGCAGUUACAUCAAACGUUCUAUAUUUUGAAGGAGCAGCGCCCAUGGACAAUGGUAACAUCACAAUCGUACCGGUUACACUCGCGAUCUGUAAAAUAUAUCCAGAAAACAGCUUACCAGUGUGGUACAGCAAGGCACACUCCAUGUACAGAUUUAUAGUGUUCUUUGUUAUACCUCUCCUUGUCAUAGCAAUGUUCUACAUCAUGAUGGCUAGAAUCCUGGUAAUCAGCAGUAAGGCAUUGCCCUGUGAAUCUGUGAAAGGAUCAGCGAUGAAUCAACAGCAGAAAAGGCAAAUUCAAGCGCGUUUGAAGGUGGCCAAAGUAGUUCUUUCAUUCGUCGUCAUCUUUGUUGUGUGUUGGCUACCACGUCAUAUCUCGAUCCUAACCGGUCACUUCGCCGAUCCGGAGUACAACAUGUUCUGGCAUAUUCUAAAAAUUGCAUCGUUUUGUCUGACUUAUAUCUACUCAUGCGUGAAUCCAUACGCGCUCUACUUUCUAAGCAGCCAGUUUAGGAAGUACUACAACCGCUACCUGUUUUGUUGCUGUCCCAAGGGCUCUUAUAUAGGUUUAGCGGGCGGCGAACAUACGGCAAUGUACAAUUUUAACAGCACUAUGCGCCGGGGAAGCACUACUUGUACGGGCGUGGUGCAUUCGCAGUCUAUUUGCUAAGACUGUCAGUGGUGACAUAAGAUAUGAGUUUAUAGCAAUAACACAAUCAACUUUCCAUAUUAUUUUGUCAUUUAAUCUAUGUGUAAACAAGAUCUAAAUAAUUUCCUUGACAGACGCGGCAUCUUAUGAUUAAAACUUAACUUUGUACCAAAACGUAAUGCAAAAAGCUUUUUUGAAUAGCCUUUUCGAAAUCGUUUUUUUCAGUUUUAAUCAGCAAUUCUGUAUAUAACUUUUUUUAUACACCAUGAGUUUAUGCUAAUGUAAGCCUAAAGGUCUUUCAGCAAAGGGAAGACAUCCAAAAUCUUUGCAAAUCAAUAUCAUAUUAUAUCACUGUAAUUGUAUCUUAUUUAGGAUAUAUUCUUAUGAAAUAUUUCAAGGUUCUUAGUAAUAAAUGGAAAAUAUCUACCUCUCGCUUAGACAUAUUUUACUCAGUUAUAACUUUUAUUUUUCAUGCCUAUAAUAAUUUCACUGUAAACAUAACAAUAUGUGUAUUAUCAAUAUACGUAACGGUGUAAAGUUGGUAGUAAUUUAUUUAGAAUAUUUGGUACCAUUGCGUAAAAAUAGAUUUAGAGGAAACAGCACGAUAUCAAUACAUUCUUAUAAUAAUUCUUUAACAAAAGGCUCAUUGUAUUGACAUUAUCAGCACAUUCAUAGGUGCUAAUGUUUGUUCGUUAUCUGUUUUUGUUGCUUCGUAAACUAAUUGAAAGAAUUUACUUCUCUGACAAAAACAGUAGCGAAAUAAGGGCACUGGAACAAACUCAUUUGUCUAGUGUUAUUGUUGAAUAACACAAAGUGAAAUGCGAGUAGGGCUAAUGAAUAUCUUCUAGUAGCGAAUACCUUUAAGUACAUAAACCUGCUGAUAGGUGAAUCAAAUAUUUGCCAGAAAGCAACAUGUUCUUUCAAGUCGCACAUUUCUGGUAUGCAUAGUGCUUUAGUUAAUUGUACAUCGACGUCGAAACUCGAAAGACAAAAAGGAUACACGAAACAAAUCUACUCUAUAUAUUUUGUUUGUCAUGACUAAAAUUACCACAUUUUAUUUUAUUAAAAGCUGCAGAAUCGUGCCGAUGCUUCAUGUUCAGACAUACGACUAUUUGUGAAUGUCUUUGUACAGUGUUAAGCUACAUUGCCACACGAGGAACAGGUGCAAUCGGAUAAUAUUUUGUUUGGAUAUAAUGUUAAGACAGCGUAUUGCAAGGUCAUGUAACAAUCAGCAGCUCUUCCCAUUCACAAGUUCGUCGAAGUCAUGUGUAGAAAACUUAGGUAGGAAAUGCUUGACAAAGAGCUGCUUAAAUUAUUGUUUUAUUCAAUAAUAAAAAUGUGUUUUUAUUAAAAUGUUACAUACAUUUAAAGUGCUGACGACAUUUUCUCCACUACUGUUAUGGUGGUAUUGUGAUUUUUGCAUAAAACCGUUCUCCAUUUUCUAACACUAAUAGUUCGAUUUGCGGUUUUAUUGCCUUGAAUGGGAGAGAAAAAUACGUAAUGUGUAAUGAGGCGUUAGUGAUAUUCGUGAGAAGGAUGAUACUUUACAAGAUUGUUUGUAAAGCGGGGACUUAUCAAAUGGAAUUCAAUGUUGUAUUAACGAAGCUUUCUUGUCAUGGUUAAUGGUUUAUGUGUGUCAAUCUUCCUUAUUUGGUAUACCGUCCAAGUAUCAUGCGUUGUAUAUUACAUACUGAUAUUUAAAAAAAUAAUUAGCUUAGUUAAUAUAGCACUUACAUGUGUUGCGGAAACUCUUUAUUUAUAAAUUGUUAUUGUUUUUGAAACGAUAUAAUGAAUGCAUGUAUAUAGCUAUAUAUAAUUAAAAUGUUGUCAAGUUAUAUUUAAGAUGUUGUGAAAGCAGUAUGUGCAAAAUGAAUAUAUGAAAUAAAAUAUUAGCAUAUUGCAUGUAUCUCUAAUGCCGCUUUAUCUUAGUCUGCUUUGAACGUAUGAGUGAAAGGGUUUUUAUGUCAAAAACGAGUAGAGGAAAUUUGCACAUAAUGUAGUAGCAAAAUAAAUUGACUGAUAAAUAACUUUUUAAGCGUCAUCGUUGUUAACUGUCAAAUCGUUACUCCUCUUGAGCGUUUAUGAAUACACAUGUGAUAUGCCGUAUUUCUAUUAAGAUGUAAGACAACAGUUGCAUUUGUUCAUGUUUAUAUUUAAAUAUGAGAGAACAUCAUUAAAUACUUUACGUUUAAAGAUUAACAACGAUAUCGUGUAUCACGUUGCAAACCCUAAUGAAGUUUUGAACAAACGGUGCAUUUUGGGUAUUUUAAUCAGUUUUUGUUUCAUACUUGUGUAAAUUCUGAUACUGCUUGCAACUCAGAAAAAAAAACAUUAAUAAUUAAAAACAUACAUGAGCAUGUUGUAGCUAUUUUUCCCAACCAACCAGCGUGUAGACAAUGUCAUGUUUGGUGUUUAGCAAGCUUUUUAAUACUUUAAUUUGUUUAAUUAGUCACCUGUUACAAACAAGGCUGGAUUGCUUAUACCUUCUCUGCUUCUUUUUUAAACUGACAGAACCUUCGUGAUAUUUAUAUUUGUCGGAAUUUGAAACAUCAAAAUACAGUUAAUGAGAGUAUGUUAACGGUAUAUAGUUUGGUUAGGUAGUUCAUAUAUGUUAAUAAA